UAAAAAGGAUUGAUAUUUCUAAAAUGCAUAAUACAUUUUUAUACUAUUAAAUAAGAAAGAUGAACAGUGUUUAGAAUAAAUAUUACUUGCUAAAUCUUUGAACGAAAUUUAUAAAUAUUUAUAAAUUAACAUUAGAAUUAGUGUGAAAUUCAUGAAGUGUGUGUUCUUUUAUGUAAUUAUUAAAAUUUAAUAAGGAAAAUAUGAUACACAGAAGUUUUCUACUACAAUGGAUUUUGGUAGUGAUAUUUACAAUCACUAUCAUUUAUUUAAAAAUGAAAUUAAAUUUCCUGGAGGAUCACUACAAAUUAUUGCACAAUGCCAUCACGCAAGAACAAAACAAUAUUCAAACUGGGAUAGAAGCUAGUGAACAUUCUUACAAAUCACCUUUUGAUGAUCUCAUCAUUAUCUACAACAGGGUACCAAAGACAGCAUCAACCAGCUUUGUAGGUUUGGUCUACGAUUUGUGCAAACACAACAAAUAUCAUGUUUUACAUAUCAAUGUUUCUAACAAUAUGCAUACUCUUACACUUGCUAAUCAGAUUCAAUUUGCAAAUAAUAUAACUGUUUGGAAUACAAAAAAACCAGCAUUUUAUCAUGGCCAUGUUGCAUUUUUGAAUUUUGAAAAAUUUGGUAUAAGACAAACACCUUUGUAUAUAAAUCUCUUGCGUAAACCUCUAGAUAGAUUUGUUUCGUAUUACUACUUUUUAAGAUAUGGAGAUAAUUUUAGACCACAUUUAAUUAGAAAAAAGCAUGGAGACACUAAGACUUUUGACGAGUGUAUUGAUGCAGGUCAACCAGAUUGUGAUCCUGAUAAUAUGUGGCUACAAAUACCAUUCCUAUGUGGUCAUGAUCCUGCUUGUUGGGAAAUUGGAAAUAGUUGGGCAUUAGAAGAAGCAAAGAGAAAUUUACAAAAACAUUAUCUUCUUGUAGGAGUAACAGAAGAAUUAACAGAAUUUGUAGAAAUAUUGCAAAUUGUGCUUCCACGUUUCUUUAAAGGAGCUUAUAAUUCUUUUUUGCAUAAUAAUAAAUCACAUUUACGUCAAACGACUCAAAAAAUUAAUCCGCGACCUGAAACAAUAGACAAAAUUCAAAAAUCUGUUGUUUGGAAGAUGGAAAAUGAAUUAUAUAAUUUUGCUCUGAUGCAUUUUCAUGCUGUAAAAAAACGAUUUAUAAAUGCAUCUCCUCAAGAUAUAAAUCAACGAUUUAUGUAUGAAAAAAUACGUCCAAAAUAAAGAAAAAUAUAAUUUCUUAAAAUUAAAA